AUGGCCUCAACCGUUGAGACAACGCCUGCAGAGGUGACAUCGGCACCCGUCCCGGCGUCACCCAGCCAGCCAGUGCAUCCGGCAAUUGCUGCCGGAGCGCGACCCGUCGAGACAGUCACCGAGAAACCUCAAACCACUGUCUCCGCCCAGGCCUCGCCCGACGCCACUGCACCUACUGCACCUACUGCACCUACUGCACCUACUGCACCCGGUAUAGAACAGACUCUCCCCUCCGCUGCCUCACCGGCAGCGCAGCCUGUGACAACUGGUGGGGCGACAGUACAGGAUCCUGAGCAGACAGGUUCGUUCCCUCAGCGGUUAAAGGAGGCAGAUAGGCACUGGGCAUGGAAAGUCGGCUCCAGGACUCUUCAAUGCAUUUUAUGUCUCGUAGGCAUAGCAUGCUGUGCGUGGCUCAUUGGGGGAACCGUCCGCAUCAAUGGCGGUAACUACUACAGCCCACUCUCCGACUUGGACAUAUUCAUGACAACUAUCGCCACUCCCUUGUUCGUCUUAUCCGUCCUCUGGGGCAUGAUCGACCUCUUGGUCCGACUUUGCCGCAAACCACCUCGGCCAACCCACCCUGCUGUCAUCCUGAGCAUCGAUCUGUGCUUCUGGGCCACCUUUAUCGUCCCGAUCCUCGCCUCUAUUAUUGCCUACCAAGAGAUCUCCUAUCUCGAAAUGCGCACCGUGUUUGGCGAUCCCAGCUACAGUUACAACAAGGGAUACCGGGGUGAGUACUACCUGAACCAGACGACCGACACGUGGAUCUACAACAUUACAAGCAUCGACAAGGGCUCUCGGGAGUACAACUCCACGACGAGGUCGUGGAGCUUCCCCAAGAUAGACCCCUCCACCAUCGUCCGCGACUGCUCCGAAUACUACAGCUCGUGCGCCGAGCAGGACGCCACCCUCAAUGCCAUGUGGAAGCAGAUCCCCACGCGCUUCGCCCUCACCAUCACCAUCAUGGUCAUGCUCGCCCUCGUCACCGUGUGCCACUUCAAGCUCUUUGUGUGGGCCUGCGUGGACACGCACAGGUGGCGCGCGAGCAGGAAGCAGGAGGCCAUCGCAAAGUCCAUCGAAGGGAUGCUGGCUACCGGACAACUGGUCCUUUCCCCGGGGCCCAAUGGUGAGCUCGUGAUGCGGCCGUCGCCGGCGUAUCUGCCUACUCAGGUCUACACGCCUGCUCAGGCGUUUCCUCCAGCGAUGCAGCAGGCUCCUCCUGUCACGGCGCAGCAAUCACAAGGGGUGAGAUAUGCCUAGAGAUGUGUCUCGACUCGAAUAGAACCACCACUUUUCUGUACCGACAGAAAGACAUGAUCCGGAUCAAUCACAUAAGAUCUGAUAGAUAAUAGACAAUAAAACAUAAUAAUCAACCGAUUGAUACCAACGCUUUGUGAAUGUGCAACAACUCCCAAGCAAACUUGGCGGACUCUCUGCGCAGCCGGAGGAUCCUCACACACACAAACACGAAAACCAACUAAUCAUACACUGCACACGCCCAGACCGCAGCUCAGCCCUCCUACAGCGCCUUUCUGGUCACGGCAGCAUAUGGUCCCGCCUCCGCAAAAGCACGACGCCCCCGCCAAAGCCGCAUUCCUUGCGCCCGCAAUCUUGCCGAUCCACUCGGUGAAGGAGUACCCCCUCUCCGACUGUGUGUCCUUUGCAUCUACGGGCCUGCGUCGGUCGACCGGCUCUCUCGGCUGUUCAGGUGACAAUCGUGACGGGUCUUGUAUGGCGAGGCCAGGGCUCUGUUUGGUACACGGUAGGCUUUUUCCUGGCCAGGUUGUGGGCGCCGAGAGGAUCGUGUGGGCCAAGAGGGCAGAUAACAGUUGGAAGAUGAGCAGCUUCAUAGUAUGAUUAUGACUGGUUUUGAGUUGGGCUAGUAGUUUUGUAGUUGCGUCUGCCGUCUAUUAUACUGCUGGAGCUUUUUAUGGCCUUUGUAGUUCUAUCGCAUGAAUCCAGCAAACUUGUAUUGUUGUGUAUACAAUAGCAACAUCACAAGGUGAGCUUCCUUCUCCAAAGAUGACAGGUGCACUACUUAAAGC